AUGACGGUGGAGUUCGAGGAGUGCAUCAAGGACUCGCCGCGCUUCAGGGCAACUAUCGAUGAGGUGGAAACGGACGUGGUUGAGAUCGAGGCCAAACUGGACAAGCUGGUGAAGUUAUGUAGCAGCAUGAUCGAGGCAGGCAAGGCCUACGUCACCACCAACAGACUCUUCGUGAGUGGCGUCCGCGACCUGUCCCAGCAGUGCCAGGGCGACACUGUUAUAUCGGAAUGUCUGCAGAGGUUUGGAGACAGCCUGCAGGAGAUGGUCACCUACCACAUGAUCCUGUUUGACCAGGCCCAGAGGUCUGUGCGGCAGCAGCUCCACAACUUCGUCAAAGAGGAUGUGCGGAAGUUCAAGGAGACCAAGAAGCAGUUUGACAAAGUUCGGGAGGACAUGGAGCUGUCACUGGUGAGGAAUGCCCAGGCCCCGAGGCACCGGCCCCACGAGGUGGAGGAGGCUACAGGUGCCCUGAUCCUCGCCCGAAAGUGUUUCCGCCACCUGGCACUGGACUAUGUGCUCCAGAUCAAUGUCCUCCAGGCUAAGAAGAAGUUUGAGAUUCUGGAUUCCAUGCUGUCCUUCAUGCAUGCCCAGUACAGCUUCUUCCAGCAGGGGUACAGCCUGCUGCACCAGCUGGACCCCUACAUGAAGAAGCUCGCGGCCGAGCUGGACCAGUUGGUGAUCGACUCGGCAGUGGAGAAGCGGGAGAUGGAGCGCAAGCAUGCCGCCAUCCAACAACGGACGCUGCUGCAGGACUUCUCCUACGAUGAGCCCAAGGUGGAGUUUGACGUGGAUGCACCCAGUGGGGUAGUAAUGGAAGGCUACCUCUUCAAGAGGGCCAGCAAUGCCUUCAAGACGUGGAACCGGCGCUGGUUCUCCAUCCAGAACAGCCAGCUGGUCUACCAGAAGAAGCUCAAGGAUGUGCUGACUGUGGUAGUGGACGACCUCCGGCUCUGCUCUGUGAAGCCCUGUGAGGACGUCGAGCGGAGGUUCUGCUUUGAGGUCGUGUCGCCCACCAAGAGCUGCAUGCUGCAGGCCGACUCAGAGAAACUACGGCAGGCCUGGGUUCAGGCGGUGCAAGCCAGCAUUGCUUCUGCCUAUCGGGAGAGCCCUGACAGCUGCUACAGUGAGAGGCUGGACCGCACAGCGUCCCCAUCCACAAGCAGCAUUGACUCUGCCACGGACUCUCGGGAACGCAGUGUCAAGGGUGAGAGCGUGCUGCAGCGGGUGCAGAACGUGGCCGGCAACAGCCAGUGUGGUGACUGCGGCCAACCCGACCCACGCUGGGCCAGCAUCAACCUGGGCGUGCUGCUCUGCAUCGAGUGCUCAGGCAUCCACAGGAGCCUGGGCGUCCAUUGCUCCAAGGUGCGGUCCCUGACCCUGGACUCGUGGGAACCGGAGCUGCUGAAGCUGAUGUGUGAGCUUGGAAACAGCACCGUGAACCAGAUCUACGAGGCCCAGUGUGAGGGGCCGGGCAGCAAGAAGCCCACAGCCAGCAGCCCCAGACAGGACAAGGAGGCCUGGAUCAAGGACAAAUAUGUGGAAAAGAAGUUUGUGCGGAGGCCACCCUCGGCACCAGCCCGGGAGGCCCCACAGCGCUGGAGGGUGCAGAAGUGCCAGCGCCACCACAGCUCCCCCCGAGCCCCUGCCCCCCGCCGCAGCAAAGUCCGGAUGGAGCCCGUUCUGCCCUCUGUGGCUGCCCUGUGCUCAGGCUCCGUGGAGCCCAGGUUCCGCAGGGACUCACUCUUCUGCCCGGAUGAGCUGGACUCCCUUUUCUCCUACUUCGAUGCAGGGGCUGCCGCGGCCGGCCCACGCAGUCUGAGCAGCGACAGCGGCUUAGGGGGCAGCUCUGACGGCAGCUCAGAUGUCUUGGCCUUCGGCGUGGGCUCUGUGGUGGACCGCGUCGCUGAGGAAGAGGGUGCAGAGUCGGAGGAGUCCAGCGGCGAGGCGGACGGAGAGGCGGAGGCCUGGGGCCUGGCAGACGUGCGUGAGCUGCACCCGGGGCUGCUGGCGCACCGCGCGGCGCGCACCCGCGACCUUCCCGCCCUGGCGGCGGCGCUGGCGCACGGGGCGGAAGUCAACUGGGCUGACGCGGAGGACGAGGGAAAGACACCGCUGGUGCAGGCCGUGCUAGGGGGCUCCCUGAUCGUCUGUGAAUUCCUCCUGCAAAACGGAGCGGACGUGAACCAAAGAGACAGCCACGGCCGGGCUCCGCUCCACCACGCCACGCUCCUUGGCCGUACUGGCCAGGUCUGCCUGUUCUUGAAGAGGGGGGCGGACCAGCACGCCUUGGACCACGCUCAGCAGGACCCAUUGAGCAUUGCGGUGCAGGAAGCAAACGCCGACAUUGUCACGCUGCUCCGUCUGGCGCGCAUGGCCGAGGAGAUGCGAGAGGCCGAGGCACCUUCUGGCCAGCCGGGUCCUCUGACCGGCAGCAGCCCCACUGAGCUCCAGUACCGCAGGUGCAUCCAGGAGUUUAUCAGCCUUCACCUGGACGAGAGCUAG